AUAGAGAGCGCCACUGCCAUCCCUGCAGAGAGUCCGGGAAGAAGGGAACCAUGCAGCACCCAUAUAAGCAGGACGCCUACUCCCAAAUGCCCGGCACCUACCAACAACCCAGCUCUUUGGGAGAGGGGAACAGUCGCCCCCCGGUGACGGCGGUGCCUCAGGAGAGGGUUAGAGAUUACCUGGGGGUCUCUAUAGCGAAUCUGGUGUGCUGCUGCCUACCCCUGGGGCUGGCUGCUCUGCUCUACUCCAUACAGACAAGAGACGCCCUCGCCCGGCGUGACACGGACUCCGCCGCGCGCUAUUCGCAAACGGCCUUCCGACUGAACAUCGCCGCCUUCGUAUUCGGGAUUGUGAUUCUCAUCUGCUGCAUAGUCUAUGUGGUCUGCUUCCCAAACAAUUCCAUUCAUGAUUAUUCCAAAUGAGCCGGCGCAUCCCAGCAUCCUCCACUGGGAAACCAGGGAUGUGAUAGGCCACACCCCCAUUUAAUCCAUUUCUUGAUUCAAUAUCUCUAAGCUCCGCCCCUUUCGGGAGAGAAAAUCUGGACUGAUCCAACUGGUACAUUUAUCGGGUGAAAUCAACAGUUACUAAAAUACACGUCUUUGUUUUUAAUUACAAAAAAAAAUAAUUUUUGCGUACAAAUGAGCUUUGUCCCUAAAAUGUUGCAAUAAAAUUACCCAAAAAA